AUGGAGAUCGUCGCGGCGAUGUUGCUCUUGGGCUUGACACUCUUCUGUCUGUUACGGCACGAUGGCCGCGUUCCGACGGCGAUGGCGAAGCUUCGUUAUCGUUAUCGCACCAGUGAUCCGCCUGCUGACAGCAAGCCAAGACAGCAAAACCCGCAGCAGCGGCAUGGCAAUGUAAGCGGCGGUUCAGUGCAAAUGCGAAGGCAGCUGCGGAAACUUACUACUUGCAACAUCUUGCGAAGCUGGUCGCGGCGAGCUCGGUGCAUGUCGGCCUUCGUGACGAGGCUGAGCUGGCACGGCGCACUGCAUUAA